AUGCCCAAGAAAAGCGGAAAGGGAAAGAAGGCCAAGGGCAAGAGCGGCGGUGGUACCGCGAAGAAAGCUCCCACCGUGCAGGAUACAGUUCUGACGAUCGUCACCGUCAACAGGACCCCCGGACACCAAGUCGAGGAUGUCGUCAAGGGCGAAGGUGAGGGCGUGACCACCGAAAGCCUGGCCCCCGGCACAGCUACCAACGUCCCCUCCGCUGCCCCGCCGCAAGUCACCGAGACCCCCGAGACUACCGAAACAGGCGAUUCGUCGACCGAGGCCGCCGAGGCCGCAGAGGAACCGUCUUCUCCCGGCACAGCGAAGACGUUCCCGCUCACCAGGCCAGAACCCGUUGAUGGAGACGGCACCGAACUCCGCAUGCCCACUUCCUUACCAGAUUCAAGGGAGACCGCUGUGCCCGAAGGCACCCAUACCCUGGAGGAUGCAGUGGACAAGACCCAGGCCUCCAAGGCGGGUCUGGUCGGAUCAUUAGACGGAGGAGAGAGCGAGGGACAAGCUGUGUUGCCCGAGACGACUGCCAAGGAGUCCAAGUUGACCGCCGCCACCACCAUUCCUGAAACCGCCGCUCCUACACCUGUUGUUAUCACGGAUGCCAACGCUCCAGUUUCGGAACCGGUUGUCACGGGUGAGACUGUCGGUGCCGCAGGCACCACUGGUCUGGCUGAAAAGGCGGCAGAGGGCGAGAGAGCAGAGACAGGCGCUAUUCCCACGACACUGCCUGAAAGACCCAAGGCGAAGGACACCAUCGAAGCGGCAUCACCAUCCGAAAGCGUAGAUUCCGUCGGGCAUGCCAAGCGUCCCUAUGAGAGCAGUCUUUUCCACAAAGAGGAGGACCACAAGCCUCCCAAGAUGCCCAAGGUCGAGGAGGACCUGGAUGCUGCUUCUGCGGCUAAGACUUCGGAGGCCGCUCCUGCAGUACCUACUGAGACAGAGGUGCCUGGCGAGCAGAAGGGGGAGCCUUUGAUCGUCCCCGGUCUCGGAGCCGAGCCAUCCGACAAGCCGUUUUCGGACGUCGAGGUUUCCGGUUUUACUGCUGGCCAGAAGGCCACGGAGCCUGUUACUCCUGCUGCUGAAGCUGCCCCUUCGGCGCCUGCCACUACGGCACCCAUUGGCGCUGAGACUGUCACCGAACCGACUCCUACUGUGCCAGGCUCCACGGCCGAGUCGCGGACUGCAGAGGCUCUGGCCCCGACUGCCGCUCCUACUGCUGCUGAGACAGCUGCAGCCACAACAUCGCCAGCCGCCCCUGCCGCGGCUGCCGUAGGCGAGGACAAGCAGAGGAAGGAGAUCCAGGAGACCAUCCAAUCCUUUACCGAGCAGAGACAGGCCCCGGCGGCCAAGGAGCUUCAACAACAGCACCAGGACAAGGUCCAGGAAAAGAUCUUGGAGACUGCACCCGCCAAGGUGACACCGGAGACUCCCACGAAAGCCCAGCCUAGCGUUGCUGCGGCUGCUGCGGCCGCCGCUAUGCGCAACAAGUCGGCUGCUGCCCCGUCGCAGGCCACGCCUUCGGGUGUGUCUGGAGCCGAGACCGCUGGCAAGGCGGAGGAGCGCGUCCAGCCUGAAUCGAAGGUGGUUGCUCAGGAACCGACGGAAGGCGCGGCAGGCAAGGCUCAGCCCGAGACGCAGCAACAGGUUCCUACUGAAGCUCAAGCUGAGCCCGAGGCGGCGGUCAAAGACACGCAGGCCCAGCAGGAGCCUACCGCCGCGGCCAAGAAGUCGCAUGAGGAGGCGCAGACGGCUGUUGACCAGGCGCAGGAGGCUCAGCGAGCCGAAGCCGCUCGGGCCGAGAAGCGCAAGAGUGGACUUUGGUCAUGGCUCAAGCGCAAGGUCAAGGGUGCCUAG